AUGCACCUAGACGUCGAGGUUGAGACGUCGUAUCCUAUUACCUUCACCAUCACGCGGGAUGCAGAUGAUCCCCAGAGACAACCAUGCAUUAUCCAUAGGGACCCUAUCGAGGAUGGGGUUGGCCAGCCGGGUAUAAUGCUGUUUCAGUGCACUUCUGAGAUUUCACACUACCUGCAUCCCGUUUCGGUCGACCCUGAUCAGUUACGAGCAAAGUCCCUUCAACCACAAGAGGUAUCGACGUUAGACCCGUGCUUCAAAGAAUUGGUUCCAGGUGCUAGCGUCUCCUGGGAGGUACCCCUGCCGGAUGUCUACUUCGAUUCUUUCCGACCAGGUCAGUUCUACAAUAUUCUCUGGGUAGGAGGGCAAAUCCCUCUGUGGGACUGGGGCACGUUAGCGGAGCACAGUAACGGCAAACUAAGCCCCAAGUCCCCUGCCCUGAUCCUUCCCGGCGGGCUCGUUAAGUCGCUAGGCAUUAUCGCCGAAGAAAGCGAUAUCGACGAGGAGGCCCCUUUGCCACCUUCACCGAAGCCUCGCCUGGCGUCUGCGAGGGUGAGUGGCGCUCCAAUUUUGAGCCUCAGCCUCGCAGGACCCCCUACACUAUCGUUCAAAGAUCGAACUUCUGCGGGUAGACUACGUUAUACCAUCACAGGCACACUGUCGUAUAACAUAGAUUCAGAUGCUAUGAAUGGCGAGCCAGUUACAUUUCAUACAUUCAGGUUCAGAGAGGUCGACCGCCGCGUGUGGGGAUUUAGGCUCUACUAUGGGGAAAAUAACCAAUGGUGUCCUUAUGAACCUAGUGACCCUUACAGGUACCGCGAGUACAGAUAUUCUAAUCCAGUGGCGAACAUUGUCGGCCGCAACGAUCAAAAUGCAUUUGCGGCCCUUAGACCUGGAGAGUCGUGGUCUUUUACACGGGAAGUGACUGAAUUCCCGGAGAAUGCAGCGCCCGGUGAUCAAUUUCGGUACGGAUUUAAAGGAGCACAGCUUGACUGGUGGGAUUGGGGACAUCUUCGAGAUCACGAAGACACUGUAGUCUGGAUCGAAGAGAUAGUAUGUAACCCGAGAUACAAUGGAGGACGACCGGUGCUUAUCGUGCCAGCUAGUAAUUGGGUGGAGUUCGCACUAGUUGAAUGA